AUGCUGUGGAAAAGACUUACCGCCAUCUUCCUGCUGGCUGCCGGGCAGACGGCCUUUGCGCAAAGGUCCGACGAUGAAUCCAUCUGCGACUACUACGCCGCCAAGCGAUAUGGAGAGAGCAACAUCACGACGCAGCUGCUCCUGGUCCAGAGCAUCGUCACUCUUGCAUACGCCGGCGGCCACGACCUUCUCCCAGACGCAGAUAACGGCACUACCGGCAUCUUCAAUGAGGGUCUAUACAAGGGAGUUGAUGUGUACCUCCGGCCGUGGUUCGAUGGCUCAAAGGCGACGACGAACUUGAACAACCAGCCCGUGGGCAUCGACUGGCUUGACGGAGGAGCUACUGGGCCAUUGCUCUCGUUCUUGAACGGCUCAACGAGUACUGUCGACAUAGACAAGUCGACGAACCAAUAUCGUCUCUUCACUCACUGGUUUACGGCAUUCGGCUUCGUCUACGGCUGCAGCUCUGCACCCAAAUUCCCACGCACGGGUGAGAGCAGGGGCGGCCCUCUUUCCCCGGCAUACGUCCACAAGUUCAUGAACUUGAACCAGACGCACAUCGGAUACUUCAUCGAACAGCUCACGUUGGCGAGCAUGGCCUAUGGCUUCUCGUACGAGGACGCGCAGACGCUCUCAACGUUCAUGAACGCCCGGUACAAUGUGCGAUGUGCGCCGGCUAUCAAUGGUCAGCUCUUCUCCAUUUGCUUUGCAGAUGAGUGCCCGCUUGCGCAGCCCAAGCCCGACUGCGACGCAUACAAGGAGAUUGGGCCGAGUGGGACGGGCAAUGGCUCACAGUCGACAGCCACUACGGCAGGCCCAGGGUCAGCAACCAGCUCGGCGACGACGACGUCAAAUUCUCCCGGCUCUACAACUACCGCAGCGGGAGACGCAGGGCCAAGCCAAGAUUCUAAGCCUAGCACUGCCGCUCUCUCCGGCGGAGCCAUCGCAGGAAUCGCCAUCGGCGGCGCGGCCGUUUUGCUUCUGGCCGUCGGGUUGCUGUUGUAUUUCCGCCGUCGUUCCGCAAAGCCUCAGCUUGUGCCCGUUCCCGUACCUUCAAACGGUUACGGCUCUCCCGCCCACCCUACCUAUUCGUACUAUAGCUCAAAUCCGCACAUGAGCAUGGCCUCGUCAGUUCCACCAGAGACGUAUAUGGGAGGGCACAACACCGUGCCUGGGUUCUGGGCACAGCCAAAGCCACAGGAGAUGAGCCAAGGUGGCCAUGAGCCUAUGGCAGCUCCAAGGCCAGCGACAAUGUCGCCACAGAUAGCCGAGAUGGAGAGCCCGUGA